AAUGCCGGUUUCCGGCCUAUUCUAGGUAACUUGUUUCCGUUUCCUGCCUGUGAUCUCUCCCCUCUGCCUUUUCAGUUUCAGUGAAUCCUCCGAAUUAUAUUUUAUUGUUUAUCGUUCAGUUGAUCAAUCAACAGAGACAAUUAUAUAUUUUAUUCAUUGAAGUACAUGCUCACUUCGUUAUAUAGUUAGUUAUCGUCGCGCUAAAGAUUUGGGCUGUUUUUUAUCAGGGCUUCAGGGGAAUUUGUCCUAUUCCCUGCCCUUGUCUUAUCAUCAAGAAGAUAAAGUUCUGAUUCUUCACAGCUUCAGUUCAAGAUGGGUGAGACAGGAAUACUUAGCAGGGAAGUGUAUGAAAACUGCGAUGGUGAAGAAGAAGCAGUUUUCUACGAGGACGUGGAUUUGCUCCAGAAACAUGGCAUUAAUGUUGCAGACAUCAAGAAAUUGAAAGCAGCUGGUAUCUGCACAGUGAAGGGUCUGCAGAUGACCACCCGCAAAAAGCUAUGUGCCAUCAAAGGCUUAACAGACCAGAAGGUGGACAAAUUAAAGGAAGCCUGCACCAAAGUGACUGAGGUGGGCUUCAUGAGUGCUCUUGAAGUUUGCGACAAGCGUAAAUGUGUCUUCCGCAUUGGGACUGGCAGCUCUGAAUUAGACCAACUGAUGGGAGGAGGAAUAGAAUCAAUGGCAAUAACGGAAGUAUUUGGUGAAUUUAGAACGGGAAAAACGCAACUUUCUCACACACUCUGCAUAACAGCACAGAUACCAACAGAAUCAUACUCGGGAGGAAAAGUCGUAUUCCUCGAUACAGAGAACACAUUCCGGCCGAAUCGUUUAACAGCCAUAGCAGAACGAUUUAAUUUAGACCAGACUGCUGUCCUGGAGAAUGUUUUAUACGCACGAUGCUACACAAGUGAUCAUCAAUGUGAGCUACUGGAUUUAGUCGCUGCAAAAUUUCAAGAAGAAGGAGGCAUUUAUAAAUUACUGAUAGUUGAUUCCGUUAUGGCACUGUUCCGAGUUGACUACAGUGGUAGAGGAGAGUUAGCAGAACGCCAGCAGAAACUUGCUCAAUUCAUGUCACGAAUCCAGAAAAUUUCAGAAGAAUACAACGUAGCUGUUUUCAUCACUAACCAAAUGACAUCAGAUCCAGGAGCUGCACUUUCAUUUCAGGCAGACCCAAAAAAGCCGAUAGGAGGAAAUAUCAUAGCCCAUGCUUCUACAACAAGAAUCUCAUUGAGAAAAGGUCGAGGAGAAGUUCGCAUCGCUAAAAUUUAUGACAGCCCUGAUAUGCCUGAAAGCGAAGCAUCAUUUGCGAUCUCUGAGGGUGGGAUCAUAGAUGCAAAGGAUUAAGUAUCCAAUACAUUUCUAAUCUACAUUUUUUGUACACUUUUUCUCCUAGACUGAUUUCUAAUCGUCAAAUGUUAUCUCUAAUGAUUAUAAUGUACUGUAAAAAUGUAAGAAAAGUAAAUCAUGUGAUUGAAAUCACGCCAAAGAAGGAUUUUAUUUUCAUUUUUUAAAGCAGAAAUAUGAUUUAAAUUUGUUCAGUUUUUCAAGUGAUUUUAGAAUUCGUCUGCAACAAUUUUUAGUAUGUAAAAAUAUUUUUAAGCACUCAGGGUGUAUCACUCAUUAUCUUUUCGCCAAUUUCAGAAUUAUUUCUUGACACUGCAAGGUUUUUGAAUGAAUAUUUUUUUCCAUAUUUAAUACUCCUAUAAAUUAUCAGUAAAGCUAAUAAAUUGUUUAUUUUCCAA